AUGGACGCCAUGGAUGUUACUGAAGUUCACCAGACUGUGGUCGAGGAGCCUAUGACUGACGCCUACAACGAUGCUAUUCCUGAGGGUGACGUCGACGCCACUCCCAAGAGUGAAGAGGAGUAUGCGCAGUCUAUGCUUACUCUCCGUGCUAUCGUGUCAUCCAAGGAGGCUGGUGUCAUCAUCGGCAAGGCUGGCAAGAAUGUUGCUGAUUUGCGCGACGAGACUGGCGUAAAGGCUGGUGUGAGCAAGGUUGUUCCCGGCGUGCACGACCGAGUCCUGACCGUGACUGGUCCUCUUCAAGGCACUGCUCAAGCUUAUGCGAUCGUGGCUAAGGGUCUGUUGGACGGUGCUCCACAGAUGGGAAUGGGCGGUAUUGUCUCCAACAAUGGGACCCACCCCGUGCGUCUGCUCAUUUCCCACAACCAGAUGGGUACCAUUAUCGGACGACAGGGCCUGAAGAUUAAGCACAUCCAAGAUGCCUCCGGUGUUCGAAUGGUUGCUCAGAAGGAAAUGCUCCCCCAGUCUACAGAGCGCAUUGUGGAGGUGCAGGGUAACCCCGAGGGUAUCGAGAAGGCCGUGUGGGAGAUCGGAAAGUGCCUUAUCGACGACUGGCAACGCGGUACCGGAACCGUUCUUUAUAACCCUGCCGUGCGCGCAUCAGUCGGUACUCAACCUCUCAGCAACAACGGUGGAGGCAGCAACAACCGGGACUCCGUCAGUGGUGGCAGCAGCAGCUAUAACAACCGCUACAACCGUACUGGCAACGGCGCCGACUUCAGUGACAACAGUGGCUACCGUCGAUCCAGCUCUGACGCUGGUAACCGUGGAUACCCACUUGUCACAGAGGACGGCGAGGAGAUUCAAACUCAAAACAUCAGCAUCCCCGCUGACAUGGUUGGUUGCAUUAUCGGCCGCGCCGGGUCCAAGAUCACUGAGAUUCGUCGAAGCUCCGGAGCCCGUAUCUCGAUCGCUAAGGCUCCUCAUGAUGAGACUGGCGAGCGCAUGUUUACCAUCAUGGGCAGUGCUCAGGCUAACGAGAAGGCUCUGUAUCUCCUGUACGAGAACCUCGAAGCCGAGAAAACUCGCCGCAGCCAGCUGCCUCAGGAGUAA